UGGAAGCAUAACAAAGUCGCGAGAAUCGAUAAAAUUUUGUUCUGAAUUUUGCUUAUUUUAGUGGAUUACGCUAGUACCGUAUUAACUAUGGAAAGCUCAGACAAUGACCACAAACUCUGUCGUCUUUGUUGCAAAAGCAAGGCAAAUUUAAAUAAAAUAGAGGAUCUUGAACAGAACGAAAAUUAUCCGAUGAAAGAAAUUUUUACUGAUACUCUUCGGCUGGAGUUUGAUUACGGAGAUGGUUUACCUCAAAAUAUCUGCAGACAGUGUACACAAACAGUGCUUCAAAUUCAUGAAACUGUUGAAAGCUACAGGGCAAAUGAUUUUCUACUUCGGAAACAACUCUGUCCAAUCAAAGAAGAGAAGGUUGCCAUAGAAUCAAUUCUAAUAGAAGCUCUGGAUUAUUUUCCUGAUGAUGAACUGAUCACUGAAAGCCUGGAGAUUAAAGAAGAAGAACCAGAAUAUUUAGAAAAUCCUGACUCCGAACCGGACAAUGAGGAAACAGAUGAUCAAAAUGAGUGGCCACCGACUGAAGAAACGAGCUCCAAUGUAUUAGAGGAGUCGUCGCGCAGGAUAUCGCAAAGAACAAAGCAAAACAAUGCAGACAAAAACCAACCAACUUUGCCACAGCGUCCUCGUCGUCGCCGGUAUUCCGAAAAUUUAGAUCGUCCCCGUAUGAAUGAUUUUAAAUGCUAUAUCUGUAAGAGUGAAUCGUUAGGUUCAGGGUACGCUCUGCUCACUCAUUUGCAUUCUCAUAAGGAUCAGUUACCCUACAAAUGUACGAUUUGUGUAAUGGACACGAUAAUAAUUGACACCGUUACGACAUUGAACAUUCACAAACGUAUGCACGAAAAUCCAUAUAAAUGCGAUUAUUGCGAUCGACGGUACACCACCAAACGCAACAUUGCACUGCAUGUGCAAAAUUUUCAUCUUGGUGAAAAUGCUCAUUGUCCAUCGACAUGUGAAAUAUGUGGAAAAGUCUGUCCGUCGAAACUGUCUUUGAAAACACAUCAGAGAGCUCACACGAAACCGAUAUCCUGUGAAAAAUGUGGAAAAACUUUCUCCGAAAAAAGCAAACUUAAACGGCAUUUUGAACGGAUUCACGUAGGAACCAAGCGCUACGAAUGUCAUAUUUGUCACAGAACUAUGAAAACGCUUGAUGCGUAUAACUUUCACGUUGAAAAUAUGCAUUCGGAAAAGCUACUAGCUUGUUCAUAUUGUCCCAAAACAUACAGUUCCAAAUUGAUGCUUCGAACACAUGAACAAAAACAUAAACGCGAUCCCAACUACAGGGUUCCGCAAAGCUGGAAAGAAUACCACACACCUCUGGAUGGAGCCGAGGAGGGUCUCUCGGAAUGUAAAAUAUGUGGCGUCAAAGCCAAAGCAAUCGUUUGGCACAUGAGAACGGCGCACUUCCCGGAACAAUACCGUUGCGAUAUUUGCGAAGCUGUUUUCAAAACCAAAGAAAGCUUAGAUGGACACAUUAUGGUUCAUACAUAUGGGAAAGCAUUUCAAUGUCCGAUCUGCGAAAGGGAGUUUGCUUCGAAACGGUUGCUUCAGGCACACAUGAAAACAAAGAAACAUCGCGAUCACCCUUUGGCGAAGUCGUUGGAUUGGUUGGCUCAGAUGAAAAGUCUUAAACGGAGAAACAAACUUGCUCUGGAUUCAUCCGAAGCCGAGUUAGAUUCGUGUUGAUGCAAUAAUUAUGUACAAUUUUGGUGUUCUGAUGCAAAUAAGUAUUUGCGUAUGUUUGUUUUUUUUUUUUGCUUGCGAAAACGAUCCCGUUCUAUAAUGUUCUUAUCGGAAAUAGACACAGAUUUUGCACAGACCUCAAAA